AUGAGCCUGGAACAAGAGCUGGUCGAUACCGCUGGCCUCCACCGCGAUGAUGUCGACUUUGCCGAACCAGAGGACCCUGUAGUCGAUCCGGGCCCCAGUCCCGCCGUGGCCCUGAAGACCAGCGAGAUCCUCGCGGCCUGCACCUGGCGAGACGCCACACGGCUGAGAGCUCUGGCCGAGUCUGAGGGCGGCCUUCUCGCCGAUGCACUACGUCAGGCAGCAUGGCCCAUAUUGCUUGGCCUGCCUCCCCCAGCCGAUGAGAAAGAAGGCGAGAGCAUACAUUCGGCAGACCUCGAUGCCGCUCCCCCAGACGAUGACUGGAAAGAGUUUCCACGCCACCAAGAUGAAGACCAGGUCCAACUCGAUGUGAAUCGAUCCUUUGUCCAUUAUCCCAAUGAUCAGUCUGAGGCACAGUUGCAAGAGAGAAAGCGUGAAUUAUCAAAUCUCAUUGUCGAGGUUCUCCGCCGACACCCAUAUCUCUGCUACUUUCAAGGGUACCAUGAUAUCUGCCAGGUAUUCCUCCUGGUCCUAGAGCCAGCGGCAAGAGCACCGCUGGUUUCGCGGCUCUCUGUUCUCAGAAUCCGCGACUUCAUGCUGCCCAGCCUCAGCGCCACAACCGCACAGCUGAGGCUCCUCCCCGACAUCCUAGCCCGCGCAGAUAUCGAGCUUCGUCGGCAUCUCUCCAGCAUAGAACCCUUCUACGCUCUCGCUGGCACUCUUACUAUGUAUGCUCACAAUAUUGAGCGGUACAAGGACAUAUCUCGAUUGUUUGACGUCAUCUUGGCGCGCGAGCCUACCUUUUCCAUAUACCUGUUUGCCCAGAUUGUCAUAGAUCGCCGUGAAGAAAUCCUUGAAAUUGACGAGCCCGAUAUGCUCCAAGUCAUUCUCGGUAGAGUCCCCCCGGAAUUAGACUUGGAUGCUCUUAUCAAGAGAUCUGUAGAUCUUUUCACCCAGCACCCCCCUGAGACCCUAAGAUCAUGGCAUCAAAUUUCUCCGUCCAGCGUCCUCAAAACCUCCAGGGAUGUGGAUGAAAGCGCACGGCAAACUAUAGAGGAUGGCCAUCACUAUUUCGAGAAACAGGUCAAGGAGAUACAGUGGGAGGAGCUAAGAAUGGGGGUCAGAAGGAGGAUUUGGUUAUACAGGCGGCCUGCCAGGUUCAUCGGAACAGCCAUCAUGGUUGGAGUCGUGGCAUUCUACCUCCGGCGGAACCCUACUCUUCUGCAGUAUAUAUGGUCCUUUUUCCCGGGCCAGCAAUGA